AUGAAGUCAAUCCUCAUCGUCGGUGCCACUGGAGCUCAAGGCGGCGCGAUUCUUCGUCACUUGUCCAGUACUGGAAACUACAAAAUCACAGCUUUCACCCGAAGCGCGACAUCUCCUAAGGCUGUCGAACUAGCGGCUCUGCCUAAUGUGAAGAUCGCUGUUAGUGAUGCCGCAACUGGCUACGACACCAGAGCAUUUCUCGCAGCUGCUUCGGAUGUCGAUUAUGUUCUGGUGAACACCGAUGGAUUCGCACUUGGAGAACAAGCCGAGAUCUAUUGGGGAAUUCGACUCUUUGAGUUGUCUGCUAGAGCCGGAGUCAAGCACUUUAUCUACAGUGGUCUCGAUUCGGUUGGACCCAAGACAAACUAUGAUCCUGAUCUCUAUGUUGGACAUUAUCAAGGCAAGGCAAGGAUCCAAGACUGGAUCCACGCUCAGAAAGAGGUGAAAAUGCAGUGGACUAUCAUCAAAUCAGGUCCAUACAUGGAACUCCUCUCUGCAGUCAUGUCUCCCGCCAUUGAACAGGAUGGUUCACUCACCUUCCAACUUCCUCUCGACAAUGGUUCUAUCCCUUUUAUUCACCUCGGCGACUUUGGCAAAUACGUCGACUGGGCCCUCCAGCACCCUGAAGAGUCCAACCAUUUGGACUUUGGCAUUGCCACUGUUCUCGCAACCGGCGAUGAUAUUGCCAAAGCUUCCGAGAGGGUCAGUGGAAGAGAAAGUCGAUUUGUCAACGUCCCCAUUGACAUUUGGAACUCUGUCGCCUGGAAGGCCCUGCCCCAAGGUCCAGAUACAAAGAUCGGCUUCCAGUCUGUCAAGGAUGACAGUGGGCUGCUCAUGACGUACGGGGAGAACUUCAAAAACUGGUGGAACCUUUACAAGGCUAGUCCCAGAGAUAACUCAGGAUUGAUUCAGAGAGACUUUGAGUUUCUAGGUAGAAUCGUUCCGGAUCGUGUCAAGAGUGUUAAGGAAUGGAUGAAGAAGGUUCAGUAUACUGGGGAUAAACAAGAUCUCCUGAAUCUUGAGGCUCAUACUAAGUGA